AUGUGUGUGUGGAUUAAGCGUAUUCGGUGCCGAUUAAGCGGUCACACAUCUCUUAAUCAAGCAAAAGAAGAGACGUCUCUUCGCAUUCCUCUCUUCCUCUCUGUCUCUCUCCACUGGAAAGCUUGCCCUUUCAUUCUCGGUAAAGAAUGCUGUGAGAGGCUAGCUUACUAUGGUAUCGCUGGGAACCUGAUCACUUACCUCACCACUAAACUCCACCAAGGAAACAUUUCCGCUGCUAGAAACGUCACCACAUGGCAAGGCACUUGUUAUCUCACCCCUCUCAUUGGAGCUGUCUUAGCCGAUGCUUACUGGGGUCAUUACUGGACCAUCACUUGUUUCUCCGGCAUUUACUUCAUCGAUUGGACUCUCUUGCAACACACAAGUAUUGGGAGCAUCCGUGUCACGGACUCACAAAGUGUAUUCAUCAAACAUUCCAUGUUAAGUUCUUUCUUCUUUCUUCCAUCUCAAAGUUCUUUAUCUAAACACAAGAUCAAACACAAGUUCUUUAUCUAAUUUUUUUUAAGAACUCUAA